AGAUCUGUGUUCAGCUUUCUCAUACCAAAAAUCAAUAACAAACGAGUCAACCCAGUCGAGAUCACUCCCGAGUGUCUGAGUGAGUGAGUUACCAAGAUUCGUCUUUUCGCCAACCGGAAUAGGACCGAUGGCGAUGGUGGAUCCGGCGAACACGACACUUGGCAGGAUGCUAUUGGACGAGAUAUCCCCGGUGGUCAUGGUCCUCCGUACGCCACUCGUGGAGGAGUCCUGCCGGAAAAACGGCCUCUCCUUCACUGAAAUGCUUAGCCCCUUCUGUAAUUUCAACAAUAUCGACGUGCCAGUGAGGACUGCUAGCGAUCAGCCUUACAGGCUAAGAAAAUUCAGAUUGAGAUUAUUCUAUGCAUCUGAAAUUCGGCAGCCAAAUAUUGAGGUUGCCAAGGAGAGGCUAAAACAAGUUAUCACUCAUGCAGGAGAAAAAGAUCUUCUGGAGUUUUCUUCAGACCCACCUCAAAUUGAGACUGUGCUAGCGACCUCUGAACUGGAGUUUCUGCCAUCAUGGUUUCAAUAUUUUAACAAAGAGCUAGUAGCUGCUGCCUGUUUUUCGGAACAUGAAGCUUUUGAUCAUCCUGUGGCAUGUCUUUUGGCUGUUUCAUCUAAGGAUGAAGAUCCUGUCAACAAAUUUGUUGACCUCUUCAAUACAAACCAGUUGCCCUCUCUUCUUAAUGAUGGAGCGAUGGAUCCAAAGAUUCCUAAGCAUUUUUUUUUGGUCCACGAUAACCAAGAUGACUUAUCAGAGAAGGCCCAUAGGAUCUUGACAGAAAUGAGGAGUACAUUUGGUGUGAAUGAUUGUCGUUUAAUAUGUAUAAACUCUUCUGCAGAUGGGUUUGGAGAACAUCAAGAAAACCCUUGGGCAUUCUAUAAAGAUACUGCUUCUCAUGACCAGCAGCAGGAUUGCUUCCUUAAUGUAGAUGAUAUAGAUGAGUUGAGGAAUGCAAUGCAAGAUCUGUCAUCUAAACACAUCAUUCCUCACAUGGAGCUAAAAAUUCGCAUACUGAAUCAGCAGGUUUCUGCGACAAGGAAAGGUUUUAGAAACCAAUUAAAAAACUUAUGGUGGAGAAAAGGGAAAGAAGAUGGACCAGACUAUCCCAGUGGACCGACGUACACUUUUAGCUCCAUUGAAUCUCAAAUAAGAGUUUUGGGUGACUAUGCUUUCAUGUUACGAGAUUAUGAGCUUGCAUUGUCAAACUAUCGAUUAAUUUCUACGGAUUACAAGCUUGAUAAAGCAUGGAAACACUAUGCUGGUGUUCAGGAGAUGAUGGGAUUGACAUACUUCAUGUUGGAUCAGUCAAGAAAGGAUGCUGAGUACUGCAUGGAAAAUGCAUUUAGUACUUACAUGAAAAUUGGAUCAUCUGGUUUGCAAAAUGCUACACGGUGUGGUCUUUGGUGGGGAGAAAUGUUAAAGGCUAGGGAUCAGUAUAAAGAUGCUGCUGGUGUUUAUUUCCGUAUCCCUGGUGAGGAACCCCUGCAUUCGGCUGUGAUGCUUGAGCAAGCAUCUUACUGUUAUUUGUUUUCAUCGCCACCCAUGUUACGCAAGUAUGGGUUUCAUCUUGUUCUUUCUGGUGAUCUCUACAAGAAAUGUGAUCAGAUAAAACAUGCAAUUAGAACAUAUAGAGGUGCUCUUUCUGUCUUCAAUGGCACUGCAUGGAACCGCAUCAGGGAUCACAUUCAUUUUCAUAUUGGAAAGUGGUAUGCAAUUCUUGGAAUUUCUGACGAGGCUAUUAAUCAUAUGUUAGAAGUCCUGGCCUGUGGUCAUCAAUCAAAGAUGACUCAGGAGUUGUUUCUUAGGGAAUUUUUUCAAAUUGUUCAGAAAACAGGGAAAACAUUCGAGGUGUCAAGACUUCAGCUGCCCAUUAUCAACAUUUCUUCAUUCCGAGUUGUUUUUGAAGAUCAUCGAACUUAUGCUUCAUCUUCAGCUGCCGGUGUUAGAGAAAACUUGUGGUCUUCUUUGGAGGAGGACAUGGUUCCAUCACUCUCUGUUAUGAAGACUAACUGGCUGGAGCAACCAAAGAUUUUACCCAAAAAGUAUAGAGAAUCAAGUGUGUGUGUUGCUGGAGAGGCAAUCAAGGUGGACGUUGGUUUUAGAAACCCUCUUCAAAUUCCUAUUUCCAUCUCGAGCAUUUCCCUAAUAUGCGAGCAUUAUGCCAGUUCUGCUGAAAAGGAUUCUGAUGCAACUAGCUCAAUUAUUAGUCAUCACAAUGAUGAAGAAUCGAGUAAAUUAUCCGUUAACAGGGACUUCAGUGUAGACACAUCAUUUAAUUUAUCAGAAAUUGAAGUUACCUUGGAAGGAGGUGAAACGACUGUGGUGCAGUUAACAGUUACUCCCAAAAUAGAAGGUAUCCUAAAAAUAGUUGGUGUGAGGUGGAAACUCUCAGGUUUGGUGGUUGGAGUUUACAAUUUUGAUUCAGACAUGAUGAGAAAGAGAGUUGCGAAAGGAAAAAGAAAGUCAAAGAAGUCUAUGAAAGAUAAUCUGAAAUUCUUGGUAAUAAAGAGUCUACCCAGGCUAGAGGGUGUUAUCCAUCACCUACCUAUAACAGUUUAUGCUGGAGAUCUGCGCCUUCUUACUUUAGAGUUGAGGAAUCCAUCAGAAACUUCUGUCAAGAAUUUGAAGAUGAAGGUCAACAAUCCAAGAUUUCUUAAUGCUGCGGAUCAGGAUGUCAUGAAUAUGGAAUUUCCUGCUUGCCUUGAAAAGCUGCCAAAUUCGACACACAGUAGUGUACAAGUGGAGACCUCCAAAUCAUCUAGCAACACUUUUCAGUUCCCUGAGAAUGCAUCAAUUUCUGGGGAAAAAGCAUUCAUUUGGCCCCUUUGGUUUAGGGCAGCUGCUUCUGGAAGCAUUUCGUUGUAUGUAACGAUAUACUAUGAGGUGGAAGAUUUAUCGGCUCUGAUAAGAUACCGCACAUUACGCAUGCAUUAUAGUUUGGAGGUACUUCCCUCAUUACAUGUGUCAUUCAAAAUUAGUCCUUGCACUUCGAGAUUUCAAGAGUUUCUUGUGCGGAUGGAUGUUGUCAACAAGACCAGUUCAGAGAGUUUCCAGGUCCACCAAUUAUCUUCUGUUGGAGAUGAGUGGGAAAUUGCUUUGCUUGAACCUAUAGAUGCUAUUCCUUUGGAAUUUUUAAUGGCUGGUCAAGUUCUUUCAUGCUUUUUCAAGCUCAAGAACUGCAGGGCACGAUUAACUGCUAAAAAUGAGGUAUCUACUACAUCAGAAAAAGCUGAUGUUAGAUUGGGGCAUGGUCAUAAGGGAGGAUUUCUUGAUAUAUCAAGCUCACCUAUAACCUUGUUCCAUCAUUAUGAAAGAUUGCAUGAAGAAAUGUCCGAUCAGGAACAUCAGAAUACAGUCGACUUCAUCUUGAUAUCUCAGAUGCGAAGUGAUAGCAACACCGUUCUGCCAAACUCCAUUAAAGUGUUUUCUCAUCACACGUGUCAUUGCAGCAUUGCAAGUACAAGCCCAAUAUGGUGGCUAAUGGAGAGCCCUCGGACAGUAAAACACGACUUUUCAACUACUUUUUGCGAAAUAAAUUUGAGCUUGACUGUCCACAACUCUUCAGAAGAUGAUGUGUCAGUUAGCAUUAACACUACUGAUUCUACAACUACCAUCAACUCAGUAAGCAGUCCUACUGCAGUUUCAGGAAAUGAAGUGGGAUGGCAUGAUUUAUCUCCUCUGACUGAAAUUAAAGUCACAUCAGAUGUUCCGGGAACUCGAGUCGUGAAGUCACUAUCACCUGAGAGUGUUUCACCGUUCAUUUGGUCUGGAGCAAGUUCUACUCGGUUCGAACUUAAAUCCUUGUCGUCUGCUGAAAUUCCUCUCCAAAUUUGUGUAUUUACUCCUGGGACUUAUGAUUUGUCCAACUAUUUAUUGCAUUGGAAUCUUCUAUCCUCCAACAAUAAACGAGACAAUCUGAAUGAAUCGGAACCAUCAUCAGGUACAUGUCAGGGGUAUCCUCACUACAUUACUGUGCUGCAAAAAGAUUAAGUUUUUGGCUAAUGUAAGUUGUUUGUUUUGUAGUAAUUCUAUACUUUAUGCUUGUAAAAAUCUCGAUGAUUCUAGUAGUUUUAUAGGAUCACAAAUAUUUAGAACAGUGACAAUUCAUUUAAUUGAAGACUGAGAGGCUGAUAGAAGUUUUUCCCCUACCAUGGAAUUAACUGAAGUGUAUGAAUGGAGAUAAAUUUGUGGGAAAUUUCCAUCGUACUGAUUGUUGCUAUUGUUUUUGUUUCUUUCGUUCGAAGAAACUGAUUGUUAUGUACGUUUGUAUUAAAUUUGGAGGUACGGUGGAAAAUAAAUUUUUUAUCA